AUGGUUGUAGGAGGCGAAGGUGAAUCUCCUCCCUUUCUCCCCUGGGCCUUCUUGAGAAAAUGGAAGGACUUCACCUUCGUGCACUAUCAAACAAAGAAGCCUGAGCAGUUGCAGAACGAUUCUUCUGGUUGUGCUGCUUCUGUUGCUGCCACUUCUGGAACUGGGGGGCGCCCACGUGUGCUGCUGCAGCGGCUCUUCUUUGGCCUCCCGUUGGACGUUGCUGGUAUUCGGUCACGUCAAGAGGAUGACGCCGUUGAGCUCGCACAAAUUCACAGCGAAGAUGAACAGAGUCUUGUGCUGUACAGGCACAUGCUUCGUAGAUGGCCGUACCUCACGAUCCUGGCCUACCGGCAAUCUCGCCUGGUGGGUGUUGUUCUGUGCGAGAUAAAGUUAAAGGACAGCUGCUGCAUGCUGCAUGAUCCUUUUUCACACCUUACAGCAGCAGCUGCACUCCCCGGAGUAGAAAAUUCAGAAGAAGAGACAGCACUAUCAUUAAAAGCAGCGGAAGCAGCAGCAGCAGCGGCAGCAGCAGCAGCAGCUGCUGCAGCGCCUACAACAGAACCGGCAUCUCGGCGUUCGUUGGCAUUGGCUUCUGCUACAGUGCCUUCUCAAAUGUGCGAGACCAGGAAGAGAAGAGAAAGAGCAAAACGCGCAAAGGAGAGAGGGAGGUUGCAGCAGCAGCAGCAGCAUGCUCUCCCUGCUUCUGCCUUAGAGUGCAAAUGCAAAGGAUUCUGCACCGCUCGUGUUGCUGCUUUGGUUGUGAGGCCGGAGCUGAGGAAACGGGGAGUAGGAAAGCAGUUGCUUCGUUUGGCCCUGCAGCAGCAGCAGCGGCUGGUGGCAGCAGCACAUGCAGCAGCAGCAGCAGCAGCAGAUAACGACGAGGACCAGCAAGCCAUUUGUCGCGCUCUCCUCUCUGGUUUUGGGUGUUCCUGCUUAAAACACUGCAGCAACACAUUAGAGGGCAAAUGCAGCAGAGCAGCUGCUGCUGUUGCUCUCCUCAUGGCGACACCUCUCCCUCAGGGACAGCUGUAUCCCACAACAUCUUGGUUCCCUCCGAGCAUUUCUGCUGUUGCUGCUGCAACAGCAGCAGCACCACCAAGUUCAGCGGCAGCGGUAGCGACAGCAGCAGCACCAAGUUUAUCAGGAGCAGCGCCAGCAGCAUCGCCACCAAGUUCAACAACAACAGGAGCAGCAACAAGAAGUGGAGGAGCAACAGAGGAAGAGGGCUCAAGAGACCCGGUUGUGCAACAGCAGCCUUGGAGUCUGAAGUACUGUGGUGCUGCCUUUGACACAUGCAACACUGCUGCUUACCGUCUAUACAUCGCGUUAAACUUUGUCAUAAAGUCGCAUAAAAGAAAAUUUUAUAACAACGGGAAAGAUGCAUUUAAGGUUGUUUUCGUCUUUGGACAACCAACUGCUUGA